GACGAAGAGCACCUAUAAAUUGAGGGGGGCGCUGCGAAUAACAUCACCACCACCAUCAAGAACAAAAAUCAGAGCAACUUCUCAAGGGCAAACGGGCCAAUCCCUGCCCGACGAACCUUGAAAAGAGAACUUACCACAAGACGCAUGAUCAGGCAAAUACUCACUACAACUAGAAGACAGCCAUGGCUAAGCAUCUUUCCCAAAUCUUUCAUCUUUCUACGGCUUCUGGCCCGUCCAUUCUCAUCGCAAGUUGUUCCUCAACUGACCCAGGAACCAGACGCGAAGCGGGCGAUGCUGCAAUUCUCGGAGUUCGAUUCCCGUGCAUACUCAAGCAAACUUCAAGAUUGCAUCAAGAACUCCCAGUUCGCUUUGGGAAAGUCCCUUCAUUGCCACAUUAUCAAGAGAGGUGUCGAUUUAGACCUGUACGGGCGGAACAUUCUGUUGAAUUUGUACCUAAAGUCUGGCUCGGUGUCCCGCGCUCACCAGCUGUUCGACGAAAUGGGGGACCGAAAUAUGGUGUCUUUUGUGACUUUGAUUCAGGGCUACAUGCGGCUGGGGCGUUGCACUGAAGCUGUUGAAUUGUUUGGUAGAUUGCACAGAGAAGGCCACGAGCUGAACCCGUUUGUCUUCACAACCAUUUUGAAUGUGUUGGUGAGUAUGAAUUGGACGGAGAUGGCUUGGAGCGUCCAGGCAUGUAUUUAUAAGUUAGGUUUUCACUCAAACCCCUUUGUUAGCACUGCACUUAUAGAUGCUUGCUCUGUCUCUGGGCUUGUUAAAGCGGCUAGGGAAAUUUUUAAUGGAGUUGUUUGUAAGGAUAUGGUUGCAUGGACGGGAAUGGUUUCUUGUUAUGCUGAAAAUGAUUAUUUUCGAGAAGCAAUUGAGCUAUUCUCUGAGAUGAGAAUGGAAGGGUGGAGACCGAACAACUUCACCUUUGCUAGUGUAAUGAAAGCUUGUCUCGGAUUAGAGGCCAUUGAUGCAGGGAAGAGCCUCCAUGGUUAUGUCUUAAAGACUAAUUAUUUGGUGGAUCCUUUUGUAGGUAUUUCAUUGCUUGACUUGUAUACACAGGCUGGAGAUAUUAAGGUUGCCAGAUGCAUGUUCGAGGAGAUACCGAAAAAUGAUGUAAUUCCUUGGAGUUUCAUGAUAGCACGGUACUCUCAGAAUGAUCAGUGUGAGGAGGCUUUGAAUUUGUUUCGUAAAAUGAGUGCAACAUCCGUCGUUCCAAAUAAUUUUACUUUUACGAGCAUACUUCAAGCGUGUGCAACAAUGGGGGCUUUGGAUCUAGGAAGGCAAAUCCAUUGCCAUGUAACAAAAGUUGGUCAUGAUUCAGAUGUUUUUGUAUCAAAUGCUCUCAUGGAUGUAUAUGCUAAAUGUGGAGUGCUAGAAAACACAGUGAAGUUAUUUAUGGGCUCAACUGAUAAGAACAAUGUAUCUUGGAACACCAUUAUUGUCGGCCAUGUGCAAAUGGGCGAUCAUGAGAAGGCAAUGAAUCUGUUCAUGACUAUGCUCGAACUUCAAGUGCAAGCUACUGAGAUCACAUACUCUUCUGUAUUGUGUGCUUGUGCCCGGCUAGCAGCACUGGAGCCAGGCAUGCAGGUACACGCAUUGACUACAAAAACUAUUUACAUUCAGCAUGUUGCUGUGGGAAAUGCCUUAAUAGAUAUGUAUGCAAAGUGUGGGAACAUUAAGGAUGCUCGUCUGGUCUUUGAUACUUUGAGUGUGCGAGAUCUAGUCUCAUGGAAUGUUAUGGUGUGUGCAUAUUCCAUGCAUGGCUCGGGCAUUGAAGCUCUGAAAAUCUUUGAGAAGAUGCAAAGCAUGGAUGUCAAACCUAAUUCGUUAACUUUUGUUGGUGUUCUUUCAGCAUGUAGUAACACAGGUUCGUUGGAUCUUGGGCAAACUUAUUUUUCCUCAAUGCGAGAGCAAUAUGGUAUUGAACCUUGCAUCGAGCAUUAUACCUGUAUGGUGUCUCUUUUAGGGCGAUUAGGUCAUCUUGAUAGAGCUGUUAAGAUGAUCGAGGAGAUUCCAUUUGAGCACAGUAUUAUGUUAUGGCGUGCUUUGCUUGGGGCUUGUGUUCUUCACAAUAAUGUUGAACUCGGGAGAACUGCUGCUGAGCGUGUUCUUGAAAUGGAUCCCCUGGAUGAAUCAACAUAUGUGUUAUUGUCUAACAUGUAUGCCAGUGCAAAAAGGUGGGGUAAUGUCUCUUUUGUCCGUAAAAACAUGAAGAAGAAACAAAUAAAGAAGGAACCGGGACUAAGCUGGGUUGAAAACCAGGGAAUGGUUCAUUAUUUCUCCGUUGGAGAUGUUUCACAUCCUGAUAUUAAACUAAUUCGUUCGAUGCUGGAGUGGUUCAACAUGAAAAGCAAGGCUGGUGGAUAUGUUCCUAAUCUUAGCUCUGUUUUACUUGCUGUUGAGGAUGAUGAAAAGGAACUGCUUUUAUGGUUACAUAGUGAAAGACUAGCUUUAGCGUAUGCUCUAAUUAGAACUCCUCCCGGAAGCCCCAUUCGUAUUAUUAAAAACCUCAAAAUAUGUAUGGACUGCCAUGCAGCAAUUAAAUUCAUAUCAACCCUUGUGCAUCGAGAAAUAAUUAUUCGAGAUAUAAACAGAUAUCAUCACUUCCAAGAUAGUAUGUGCUCUUGUGGAGAUUAUUGGUGACACAGAUUCCUAUUUGUCAGUCGUUGGAUGUCCACCUACUAAUCCAAUUAUAAGUGACGCUUGUUUUACUGUCGUGGAACCCUGGGAUGAAGUUGUUCUGUAGUUGGUGCCUUAGAAGUCCUUAUGAUGAAAAUACAACAACUACAACAACAACCCAGUUGGAUCCCGCAAUCCCCUUGACGAACAUCUGGCAACAUAAAAUUCAGAUUUGUAGCUCUGAUAUUGACCACCUGUAUCCUCGAAGGAUAUGCCAUUUGCAAAAUCAGCUUCAAUGGUUCCAGAUUUGGCCUUUUGCUAAAAGUGUACCUCAUGUUUCUAGCUCUGAUACUGGGAAGGCUUGAGGCAUAAAUCUUCACAGUAGUUGGUGAUUAAGAUGUAAAGAGAACAUUGCUCAAGAUUUCGAUGCUUAUCUGUUCGGACGUGUUCAUAUUUACGCGGUUUUGUGAAAGUUUGAGGUAAA